AUGGUCAGGACCAGGUCAAGGGCUACUAGCCCUGGCCGUCAGGGAAGCAGAGGCGCUUCAAGUGAUCCCCAACGUGAUCGCCAAUUUGCACCAGUCAUGCAGACGUCAUCCGUUCAGAAUAUGCAAUCCAUGGUGGUUGCAAUGGCGGAAUUGACUUGCCAAAACCAGGAGUUAAGGAUGGAGAUCAGUCAGAGAAGACAGACACGUGAGGAACACGCAGGACAGACACAAGGCCAUGGUGACAGAGAGAAUACUGAAGUUGGAAGCCAGUUUAGAGGCACCACUUCACGGACAGUGCCACACUUGAAAGAGGAGAUGGACCAAAUGAAGAAAGUCAUGGAGGAGAUGAAGGAGAACAUGAGGAGAACGAAUCCUAUAGAGGAUUUGGUCCACAGGACUGACUCUCCUUUUACGGCUUCCAUCAAUGGCCACCCUCUGCCAUCAAAAUUCAAACUACCUUCCCUGGACUCAUAUGAUGGGACGCGUGACCCCUUUGAUCACAUUGCAACAUUCAAGACAACAAUGCACCUUCAAGGGGUCCCUGAUGAAAUCAUGUGUCGAGCCUUCCCUACUACCCUUAAAGGCCCGGCACGAGUUUGGUUCAGUAAAAUCCCCCCAAGUUCCGUAAGUUCUUUCGAAGAGUUAAGCAAAUUGUUUGUUAACAAUUUCAUCAGGGGACAGAGGCACAAGCGCUCUUCGUCCAGCUUACUGACCAUAGAACAAGGGGAGAACGAAAGCCUGCGGUCAUUCAUCACUCGCUUCAACAGAGAAGCCCUUAGUGUGGACGAGGUGGACGACAAGCUUCUACUGGCAACCUUCCACAACGGGAUUAAUUCGGAUUUAUUUAUCCACAAGCUAUAUGAGAAGGAGCCUUAA